CCGUGAACAUGUUGGAUGCGGUUUCCCCGAGCGACCGGUAAAAACAAAUAAUUUUAUAUAUUUCUAUUUGGAAUUUGUCAAUAAUAAGCAAGUGCAAGUGUUUAUUUAUUGUUGUUGCCAAGCAAGUGCAAACAAAAAAUAAAAAAUAUAUAUGUGCAUAAAACCGAUUUAGAUCUAUAGCUAUCUAAAUCUAUAUUAUAUCAUAUAGACAAGUGCAAAAAAUAAGGCAAACAAAAUGUCUUGCUCCACAUGUUGUUUGAAAGUGUUAUCCAUAAUAUGGGAUAUUAUAUAUGCGCUCCUUGGUCUGGUGCUGGUUGCCCUUGGUGUGCACAUCAUUAUCAAAUUCGAGCAUUUCAACACCGCCGCCUUCGUCAUCAUAGCCAUCGGUGUGAUUGUGAUCUUGGCCGCACAAUUUGGCACUUUGGCUGCCUGGCGUGAGAGCAGUAAUAUGAAUAAAUCGUUUGUUGUCAUUUUGCUGAUAUUGGUUGUCUUGCAAGUUUUAUCAGUUGGCUUUUUCUGGGUAUUCCAAAAUUCAUUGCUCAUCAAUGUGGAUAAGACAUUUGAUCAAUUAUGGCAUGAUCAGCCAGUGCCUAUCAAGCCGGGCAAUCAAAGUCAAAUUGCCAGCAUAGAACGUUGGUUGGAUUGCUGUGGCAAUGUUGGCUCCACGGACUAUAUUUUGCCACCGAAUUCAUGUUAUAAUAGUGAAACAGAUAAAUUGAAUAUUGAGGGUUGUCGGCAAAAGUUUUUGGACUUUAUUGCCGAACGUUGGACAUGGUUUAAUUAUUUUUCUUUGAUCGUUAUUGGUGUAGAGUUAAUUUGUGCUCUAUUGGCGUAUGUCUUGGCUAAUAGCAUCGUAAAUCGCUGGCGACGCUCGAAAUAUUUUCCCAAAUAAUAAUUUUCUUAAAAACUAAGUCACAUACCUACAUACUCAAGGCCAAAGAAUUCUCAAAAUAAAAAGAAAAAACAAACAAUUGCAAUAGAAUUUCCACACAUUUAACUAGUCGCUACCUCAUCAUUCAUUAUUUUCAUAACUAAAUCGAUUUGUAUGUAGAAAAUGUGCCAAAAAAAAAAAAGGGAAAUGUGUUCAAGCCACAAUUGAUGUCUACUUACCUACUUAAUAAAGCUAUUUAUAUAUUUUAAAAACUCAUUUGUAUUUGUCAAACUUACGGCAGGCCGAAGUUAAUCAUAAUCAGGUAAAAGGUAGUUUUCAACAAUAAAAACAUAACAAAAUGUAAAUUCCGAAAACUGUAUCUAACUACCAGUUUAUGAUAUUAUAACUCAUUUUUUAAGAUCUUCUUAAGAACAAAUAUUUUGUCAAGUUUGAAGAAAUAAAGUUAAAAUAAAAUGCCUGAAUACGCAGUGACUUGGA